AUGCCUAAGCACGCUUUCUCGGCUGUCACGGUCCAGAUCGAUCGAUUGACAAGCGAGCAAUACGAGGAGAAUGAUGUCGGUGGUGUCGUUGAUCUCAUCGAGGUCAUUCGCAUCCAGGCAUCUGGUCCUACGGAAGCAGCACGAGCUCUGCGAAAGAAGCUCAAGUAUGGCAAUGUGCAUCGCCAGAUCCGCGCCCUUGUCAUAAUGGACGCUCUGAUUCAGAAUGCUGGAACCAGAUUCCAGAAAGCGUUCGCAGAUGAGCCACUUCUCGAGAGACUCCGCAUCCUGGCAAGGGACGACACAGUCGAUGCGGAAGUACGGCAGAAGGCCAACGUUUUGUUCCGAAGUUGGGCUGUCGCAUACAAGGGAACGCCUGGCCUUGAGCGGAUAGCUGCACUACACAAAGAACUUCCUCGUACCAAACGUCCUCAGCCACAACAAUCUCGGAUUGUGCGACAGCAAGAUGCCGAAGCUGCGCGCGAGCGUGAGGAGCAUUCGCAGUCUCCUCCUAGAAGCAGGCGACCGGAGCCACCCCAUACGUCAUCUUCACGGACGACCACACCUGUUGUACUCGGUGCUGGUACCCCUCUUCCAGCCACUUCGCUAUUCAAGAGGGAUAAGAAAGACAAGAAGAAGACCAAGGGGCAGCCGUUCAACCUCGAAAAGGAGAAGGGUCAGAUGCUUGAGACGAUGGCAUCGGCAAACGUCGCCAGUACGAAUCUGCUGAACGGCCUACAACUCAUCAACCGAGAGCAACAGCGUGUCAGUGAGAACGCAGAAGUUAUGCGACGCUUCGAGACGUGCAAGCAACUCCGUCGCCAGAUCUUGCGCUACAUUCACCUGGUCGAGUCUGAGCAGUACAUUGGCGGUCUUCUCAACGCCAACGAUGAGCUAGUCAAGGGCCUCAUGGCUUUCGAGCUUAUGGACAAGAGCAUCGACGACGACAGCGAUAGUGAUAACGAAGAGCGUAACGUGUCUGCUGCUGAAGCUGCGAUGGGUAAUAUGGGUCUGAAUGAGUCUGCCCCUCCGAAGCCGCCUAGGCCCACGAGCAUCCCCAUGCCUCCGCAGCGCGUCGAGCCAGACAGUGAGCCAGAGGAGGAUGAGGAUGACCCGUUCGGAGACAGUAACGCUGUCAAAACACCAUUCGCAGAGAAGGGCCAACCGACUUGGAGAGACGUCUAA